AUGGCGAAAGAUUCUCCAAAAACUCCCAAGACGUCGUCGUCGAGGUCCGCAACGAAUCCAUCAGUGAGCGUGUGGGCAGCACAAUGUGAAAAAUGCUUGAAAUGGAGGAGGAUUGCGACACAGGAAGAAUUUGAGGAAAUCAGAAGUAGGUUUACUGAAGAACCCUUUAACUGCCACAACCAAACCAAUGCUUCUUGUGAUGACCCUACAGAUAUUGAGUACGAUUCUUCUCGAACUUGGGCAAUUGACAAGCCCAAUCUGCCUAAAACCCCAUCUGGGUUUAAGAGAGAAUUGUACCUGAGGAGAGAUUACUCUAAGAUGGAUGCUUAUUAUUUCACUCCUUCAGGGAAGAAACUCAGAUCCUUUACUGAAGUAACUACUUUUCUUCAACAAAAUCCCGAGUUCAGUGACGUUAAACCCUCAGAUUUCAGCUUUACCAGCCCCAAAGUUAUGAUUGAUACCAUACCCUCUACCGCUCUUCUUGCCAACUCUCACAAGAAGGGUGCAGCUAGUAGCACUAAAUGA